UUCAACGGGGGCAGUAGGGAGAGAUUAGGAUACAAAAGGCAAGAAUAGAGAGUACCUGGGCGGGUCAAAGAUCAAGGCCCGCCAUCGUGUGUCACAAUUCCUCCUUGACACUACGAAACAAACAAUAUAACCAUGAAGACCGCUAUUCUCGCCUGCCUUGUCUCCGGUGCUGUUGCAUUCGCUCCAGCUGCCAAGCCAUCCACUGGCUCUGCCCUUGCCGCCAACAAGUACGCCAGUGAGAUUGGAGCUCAGGUCCCUUUGGGUUUCUUUGAUCCCUUUGGUGUGCUUGGAGCUGAAGACGACACUUUGUUCAAUUUCCUUCGUUAUGCUGAGAUCAAGCACGGCCGUGUCGCCAUGAUGGGUGUUGUCGGAUACUUGACUACCUACGCAGGAGUCCGAGCACCUGGUCACGAGGAUGUCCCUUGUGGACUCGCCGCACUGAAACCCGAGAACUGGGGCAGUGAAUUGGUUACCACAAACAUGUGCUGGACUCUAGGCUUCAUUGCUUUCUUGGAAUGGUUCGUCAUGAAACAGGGAGACGACGCCGCAUUCCCUGGUGAUCUUUCCAACGGCGUUGGCGCAGACAUUUGGAAUGGAUAUGAUGAGGCCACCAAGUUGAGGAAGCGAUCCAUCGAGCUUAACAACGGACGCGCCGCACAAAUGGGUAUCUUCGGACUUGUUGUCCAUGAAACCAUGGGUAAUGUUAAUGUUCUCCUGCCUUUGGCCAAAUAAAUUGCCAAAUAGAUCCUUUCUUCCAUGGCUCAGUUUUUAAAAAGUACUGUAUGGUUAGCUCGCUAGUACAAUUCAUUUCUUGCCCUGUAGGAUACUGCAGUAAGACGUGUGG